UGAUCAAUUUUCUUAAAUGAAUUUUUGGUCCCCAGCUGUCAAGAGGGGCAAUAAACAACCGCCUCAGUCCCCAAAAUGUGCCGCAGAACACUCUCAGCCCCCGCAGGAGUUGACUCAAUAUUACCUGGGAUGAAAAAAAGGCAGUAAAUUUAGCACAUUUUUGAAUCUCUAUAAAUCUCUUCAAAUCCCCCAGAGAGUGAGGAUGUGCAUUUCUGGCUUUUUCACAUUUAUCAGGUCGGCAUUCAUCUCCGUCAAAACUUGUGAUUGGAUGAUAAAGAACACAAAGCCGAGAGACUAAAUGACUAACCAGAUAAACCAGCAGGUGCAGCGACCGGGUCAGGGUGACUUAUUUGUUUGUGAUUUAUUUCUUGCAGGUAACCUGAGCAUCCACGAAGAGCUGGAGCAACUUGUGGCUGAGUUCCUCGGCGUGGAGUCUUCCAUGAUUUUUGGGAUGGGUUUCGCCACCAACUCUAUGAACAUUCCUGCACUCGUCGGCAAGGGUUGUUUGAUUCUGAGUGAUGAGCUCAAUCACACGUCUCUCAUCCUCGGGGCCAGACUGUCAGGGGCGACUAUCCGGGUGUUCAAACACAACAACAUGCACAGUCUGGAGAAGAUGCUACGAGAAGCGGUGGUCUCAGGUCAGCCUAGGACCCACAGACCCUGGAAGAAGAUCCUCAUCAUGGUGGAAGGCAUCUAUAGGUAAGCCCUUUAUACACACACACACACA